UACACGGCAACAUAUCCGAGUGAUUGCAUUUUCCUCUAUUCGUUCCUUCCUUUCUUCCACUCAUACUAUAUAAAUAACAACUCCCACUUCUCUGCAACCAUCAUCGCUUCAACUUCUCUUCCAAGAUUUUCAUACACUUUCAAUUAUAAUAUUUACCAUGGCCUUUUUUCAUUCUCUUCCAACCAUCACUAUUCUCUCUCUGUUGGUAUUUGUUUCAUUCACCACAACAUAUGCUGCAGGAAACUUCUACCAAAACUUUGAUAUAACUUGGGGAGAUGGUCGUGCCAACAUACUCAACAACGGUCAACUUCUAACUCUUUCUCUUGACAAAGCCUCUGGUUCUGGUUUUCAAUCCAAAAACGAAUAUCUCUUCGGAAACAUCGACAUGCAGCUCAAGCUUGUACCUGGAAAUUCUGCUGGCACUGUCACUGCUUACUAUUUAUCAUCAAAAGGAUCAAAUUGGGAUGAGAUUGAUUUUGAAUUCUUGGGAAAUGUAACUGGAGAACCAUACAUUCUUCACACCAAUGUGUUUAGUCAAGGAAAAGGAAACAGAGAACAACAAUUCUAUUUAUGGUUUGAUCCAACUGCUGAUUUCCACACCUACUCCAUUCUCUGGAAUCCUCAACGCAUUGUUUUUUCGGUGGAUGGAACAGCAAUAAGAGAAUUCAAGAACAUGGAAUCAAAAGGAGUUGCAUUUCCAAAGAAUCAAGCAAUGAGAAUAUAUUCAAGUCUAUGGAAUGCUGAUGAUUGGGCAACAAGAGGUGGUCUUGUCAAAACAGAUUGGAAUCAAGCUCCAUUCGUAGCUUCAUACAGGAAUUUCAAUGCAGAUGCUUCAUCAUCCAAUGCUUGGUACUCUCAACAAUUGGAUUCAACAAGUCAACAGAGAUUGAGUUGGGUUCAGAACAACUACAUGAUUUACAAUUAUUGCAAUGACAGCAAAAGAUUUCCACAGGGACUUCCAACUGAGUGCACUGCAUCUUAAUCAGUCUUUCUAUAUUCAUAUAGAAACUAUAUGUUUCAAGAUUUAAUUUUUUGUUUUUCUUUUUAGUUAGGCCUAUUCAUUUUGUUUUACUUGUAAUUUGCUUCAUAUCAAUUCAUUCUUUAUUCUUUGAUAUAAUGAAAAAAUAAAUAUUCAGAUUUUUUA